AAUCCAUCUCAAUCCAUUCCAUCGCAGCAAGCCAAAGAAAGCACCCGGACAAGACCGAUUCGAAUCGAUCCCAAAAGAAUGACCACCACCGCCAGCCACCACCCACCGCAAACGCGGGUGGAGCAGAGGGAGGAAGCGUCUCCCGCUCCGACGAUACCGGCAAAGACCGCCAAGCCCUACGAAGAACUCAUGAUCAAGGACGGGCCGAUCUACAACUGGGCCAAGGCCGCCUCGGAGGAGUACGAGACGACGACGUUUUCGUCCUCGAGCCAUCCGGACGCCGGCGUCUCGAGCGACUCGAACGGCUCCUCGUCCUGCCGCAGCACCUCUCCGCUCCCGGCCGAAUCGACGGCCCUGCUGAUCGUGGACGUACAGCCGGAAUACUGGUCCAACUGCCCCGCCGGUGAGUGCCGCAUCGUUUCGUGCGGGGUGCAUUGCGUUGCGGCGAAUUCAUGCCGCUGUUGUUGUUGUUGUUGCCGCUGUUGUUGUUGUUGUUGUUGCUGUGCUUUGCUCACGACGAAAAAUUCCGCUUGGCUUGUUGUUUGUUGCUUGUUGCCCCUGCUCCCACMUUGUGUUUGCGCGUACUCGACUGCAUGGCUGCAUGUUUCGAUGCCACGAUUGUCGAUGCACUUUGACGAAAUUAAAUUCGACCCGGCUCGCUUCGAUUCCGUUUGACAAUCGCAGUCCGCAAGGAUUUCCCGGACUUUCCCAAGCACCUCAAGCAGACCAUCGACAUAUGUCGCAGGCGCCGGGCCAAGAUCAUCUGGGUCCGGGCCGACUACCGGCACAAACACUCCCCCUGGCUGUCCCAGUUUGAGCGGAUGCGCGGCCCCCGAAACCUGGGGGAGGUCCCCUGCGACCCGUCCUCUCCGGAGUUCACCUGGGAGGAAUUCGCGACGCCGGAGGGCGGGGAGGUCAUCAUUGCCAAGUCCAGCUGGUCGAGCACCAGCAACACGGCCCUGGUCGACAUUCUCAAGGUGGCCUGCAUCGAGACCGUCCUGGUCUGCGGCCUCAUCACCUCGGUCUGCGUCCAGCACUCGGCCUUUGGGAUCUUCGAGGCGGGCUACCGGACCCUCCUGGUCACGGACGCCUGCGCCGACCGCGGGAGGGCCCGCCACGAGGCCGCCCUGGCCCUCUACGGGGACUACAUGUACGAGCUGGUGACGAGCGACGACCUCGAGUCGGAAACGAAGGGACUCAUCCCCGCCGAGCCGGUCUGGGUCGUCCUGGACGAGAAAACCAACAUGGUCCGCGCCAACUCCUUUCCCAAGCAGGUCAUGGCGCCGAGCGCGAGCACCAACACGGUCAGCACGGCCUCGUCCAACACCACCGCCGGGAGCAGCAGCCAGGGCAGCUACUACAACGCCGGGGGCGCUGCCGAAGACGAGGACACGACGGUGGGGAGCCUCGCCCUGGGAGACCCCCCGGGCAAGCCCUGUGCGGCGGCCAACGCGGUGGACGGCCUGGUGUCGGUCCUGAUGGUUCCCGGGCAGUCGUGAGAGCGAGUGCCGGCACGCGAAACCAAAAGAGAGACACGAGGGGGGUGUUUGCGAACAUGCCGGAACGCCCCGCCGCGAGCUUCCGAAAGGGUUUUCGGGGUUUCGGGCCGCACUUCCAAGUAACAAUAAAUACAGUAAUAGACC